AUGAGUGCCAUCGCUUCAUACAGCUUCGGGAACUUUGCUUGGUUGAGCACCCAGGCACUUCCUCUCAUCCUCUUCCCUUCCUUUGUAGGCUCUCUUCUCAAGCCUGAGGCUCAAGCAUCUACCGCCCUCGAGACCUACUUUGGUCGAUCACUUGGCUUUGCUCUCCUUGCUCUGGGCCUCACUAUAGUUGUCCUCUCUGGCGCUCUUCCUCUCGAUUCUACUUCAAAGGAAGCCCCCGACGGUGCGCCUUCGCCGUAUGCCUCCGCUGCAGUCCUUGUUUCCACACUACACCACGUAACGAGUGCCUUCUACUGCUACGGCCGCUUCGCAUGGACGCGCGAGACAGGCUUCCUUCUUGGCUGUAUCGGCAGCGCUAUCUUUGCAACCUUUGGACUGUACUGCGUUAUGUUUGCCGGCGACACUGCCAUGACGAGCCGGUACCACAAGUUUGACCAGAGCACAAGCGGGUUCCCUUUCAAGAACUCGCAGUCGUACAGGGCCAAGAAGAAGGCUCUGUGA